AUGGAGGGGAUGAUGCAGCAGAUGAUGGAGGGGGCCGUGCUGCAGGCAGCACAGGCUAUGGAGGAGCAGCUAGACCAGCAGAUCGCGAAGCUCGACAACAUGGGCGAGGACGACAUCGAAGCGGUCCGGCGGCGCCGGAUCGCCGAGAUGAAGAAGAUGGAGGAGAAGAAGGCGCUCUGGCGGCAGCGAGGUCACGGUUCGUACGGCGAGGUGGCUGUGGAGAAGGACUUCUUCUCGGAGGUGAAGGGCGAGGACCGGGCGGUGGUGCACUUCUACAGGCCGAACAACUUCGCGUGUGCCGCGCUGGACCGGCACCUCGACGCGCUGGCGAAGCAACACAUCGAGACGAAGUUCUUCAAAGUCAACGCGGAGAAGUCCCCGUACCUGUCCGAGAAGCUCUCCAUCCAGAUUCUUCCGUCGAUUGCGUUGGUGAAGAAGGAGAAGGUGACGGGGUGGAUCGUGGGGUUGGACGAGUUUGGGGGCACGUACGACUUCCCGACCAAGGUGCUGGCGGCGCGGUUGGCGCAGGACGGGCUGAUCGACUGGAAGGACGACGACUACGACAGCCGGCCGGUGGAGCACCGGAACCGGAACAUCAGGAAGGGCGGCGGCGACAACGGCAUCGCGCCGGCCUCGGACGACGAAGACAGCGACUUCGAGUGA